GCUUCAUCUCAAACAUUCUGAAGAUGGCUAAUAGCCCUAAUCCUGAUGAACCCAUUGAUCUUCCGGAUUCUGAUUCAGAUGAUGAAGUUUCUGAUUCUCAUCAAACGGAAUCAAAGAAGAAAACCUCUAAUGUCACCUCGCUAAAUAAGCUUGGAAUUCAUUUCAAGCGCCAACGAAAGCUCACUUCAGAUGUGUGGGCAAAUUUUGAAUUCCUUGAUAAACCUGACGAACAAGAGGAGCUUGAAAAUUCUGAUAACUUCAUGCAUAAGAUGGCAGCAAGAAUGAAUGAGAAAUUUGCUAAAUAUUGGACCAAAUUUAGCAUAAUCAUGGCUGUGGCUGUUAUUUUAGACCCUCGAUUUAAGUAUGAGUUUGUGGAGUGGGCUUUUAAGAAGGUGUAUGGGGAAAUAGAGGGUACUAAUGAGUUGGUGAAGUUCAAGGAAAGGUUGGAUUAUUUAUAUGGUGCUUAUGUGACUGAGGCUUCCACAACAACACCACGAACAAGGCGCCGUUCUUCUAGACAGCCUAAUGAAGAGCAAGUUGAUGUUGCUUCUGAUUCUUUUAUGAUGGACUUUGAUAACUUCUCUUCUAGAAAAUCAUAUGUUGCUGCUAAAUCUGACUUGCAAAUCUACUUGGAAGAGCCAUUGAUUCCUCGUGCAACCAACAUUAAUAUUCUAUAUCAUUGGAAAACAAAUGUUGUGAGGUAUCCAAUUCUUUCAAAGAUGGCAAGGGACAUCCUUGCAAUCCCUAUUUCAACAGUAGCUUCAGAAUCUGCCUUCAGUACUGGUGGUCGAGUUUUGGACUGCUAUAGAAGCUCUUUGAAACCAAACACAGCAGAAGCUAUCAUUUGCCUCAAAGAUUGGACUUUUGGUGAAGCUAAUAUGGAUCCGCAAUUGCAAGAUUUAUGUGGAAAAAUCAUGGCCAUGAAAGUCAACGAUGAUGUGGGGGAUACUCCCAGCCCCAGCCCUCCACAAAGUGCACCAGAAAGUCCUGCUGUCAUGGAGAGUCAAACCUGAUUAUGUUGUUAAUUUCUUCUAAAAUUAGUUGAUGAAACUAUUACUGUUAUUUUGGACAUGUAUUUGGUUUUCUAGUUGAACUUUUAUUUGCCUACUUGGAAGUAUUUUGGACAUGUAACUCUUGGAAAUAUUUUGGACUUGUUGGCUAGCUACUUUUCAAGUUUUAGUUGUUGUUGUGAGUGUAUGAAACUAUGAAGUAUGGACAAUGCACUAAUGCAGCAGGAUUUUCUUGAAUUAUGUUGUUAAGUUAUGUUUGCUUGAA